AUGGCCGCCUCGGGGCCGCCGUCCCCCAUCUCAGAGAAGCAAGCCUUCGACCUCAACCUCCAACACGGACACAAGGACCUCGUCCAAGCAAUCGCCUUCAACACCUACGGCGACCGCUGCGCCACCGGCUCAGUGGAUGGCAAGAUCCGUGUCUUCAACAGACAUAAAGACGGCACCUGGCGGCUAUGCGACACAUGGACGGCCCACGGCGGUGAAGUUCUAGAACUUCAAUGGCUCCCCGCAACGAUAUAUCCCAACCUUGUCGCCUCUCUCGGCAUCGAAGGCUGGUUCCGGCUCUGGGCGGAAGACCCCUCAGCCGCGCCAGGCCGCCGCUUCUGCGCAGGCCGCUCCGUCGGCGGGCGGCCAGCCUUUGACACGCGCUCGACGCGCGCGCCCUACCGCUCUUUCAGCAUGAAGCACAACGAGGAGACGCGGCACACGUACCUCGCGCUCCUGGCGACCGAUGGCCGCCUCACCGUCUACGAGAACGACCAGCCCGAGAACCUGUCCGAGUACACGUCCAUCGACGAGUUCAGCGUAUGCAGCAAGCCUAAUCGCGGCGAGGAGGCCUCCUUCAAGGUGCGCUUCGACCCGAACCCGGAGCCGUGCUACGCGGCGCUGCGGGCCGGCGUGGGCGCAGACUCCCUGGGCAUCGUGGUCGCUGGCAUGGACACCGUCAAGGUCUACCGGUCGCGCGACAUCGUCACGGCUUCUUACGGGGUCGCCCAGACGCAGAAGGAGUUCUACCUCGCGGCCGAGAUACACGGGCACCGGGGCCUCGUGCGGGACGUGGCCUGGGCGCCGGGCAACAUACGGGGGUACGACGUGAUCGCGACGGCCUGCCAGGACGGCUACGCGCGCGUCUUCCGCGUCGACACGCCCUUCUCCGACGACGACGGCAAGUCGUGGUCCGCGGGCGACUUGCUCAAGUCCAGGGGCCACACAUUGUCCGCCAGGGACUCGCCGACAAAGGACGAGGCCGCCGAGAAACACCCCCACCCGUCGACGCUGAGCGCCAGUCUUGCCAAGUCUGGUAAUGCGGGCGAUAGACAGUGGUCCGGGCAGCCGGGCCAGGUACACCAUACACACAGGGAAAUUUCGAGACUGGACAGUCAUAGGACGCCCGUGUGGAGGGUGGGCUUUGAUGACGAUGGACAGAUAUUCGGUAGCACAGGGGAUGACGGACGGCUGUUGUUUUAUAGACAGACGCCAGACGGGGUGUGGGCGAAGAGUUCAGAGCUGGUCAUGGUCAAGGCAAGGAUGGCGACACCUUGA